AUGCCCACUCAACCCACCAUUGUCCUCGUCCACGGCGCCUGGCACACUCCGGCCAACUACGCCCCUUUCAUCAUCGCCCUCGAGUCGCGGGGCUUCACCGUCCACUGCCCCCACCUGCCCAGCUGCACCAACACCUCCCCACCACCGGCCACCUACCAAGACGACGUGGCCACCGUCCGCAACCUGGUCACCACCCUCGUCAACAACGGCGACCGCGUCCUCAUGAUCCUGCACUCCUACGGCGGCGCCAUCGGCACCGACGCAGCCCAAGGACUGGACUGGCCCUCGCGCGCAGCAGCCGGCCAACCAGGCGGGAUUAUCCACCUCCUCUACCUCUGCGCCUACAUCCAACGCCCCGGCCGCACCGUCUGGGACGUGAUCACCGAGGCCCAGAUGACGGGCUUCUGGCCGCAGUUUGUUCGGGACCACGCGGACGGCUCCACCUUCCCCGUCGACCCCGUGCAGCUGUUCUUGGGGGACUGCGACGAGAAGCAAGUGGCCGCCGCGCUGCCGCAUCUCGUGCGCAGCCCGUUGAGCGCCUUCCAUACGCAGAGCGUCGGGGAUGCGUGGCGGAGGCUGCCGGUGACCUACCUCACCACGACGAAGGAUUACUCCGUGCCCCGCGUGUACCAGGAUAUCAUGCUGAAGCACGUCGCGGAGGACGGAGUGACGGUCCGCGUGGUGGAGGUGGAUACCGCGCACAGUGUGUUUUUGUCGAGACGCGACGAAGUGCUGCGGUUGGUGGAGGAGGCGGGGCGGGAUGAGCGGAAUCCUUGAUUAUGGGUGGUCACGUUUGUUUUGGGUGGUGUUAACUGCAAGUUGAGUUUGUAGGAUCGGGGUAC